CUACAAAUUUUGGUAAUUCACAUCGGUUGAUGUGAUAUGAAUAUAAGAUAGUAAAGAUAAUACUCUGUCAAAAUAACUGGAACAGAACUUUGCAUUGAAGGCAAAGAUCAGAAACGGUUGUUUGAAUAAGAAUGAAAAAAGCAUUUUAGUAGAAAAUUACAUUUUCGGUGGAACAAACUACAAGGAAGCAAUGCAUAAACGCCUGCAGUAUGAAGAGGUGAUGAUUCCAGCACCUUGGGGUCACAUAGCAGGCCGUUGGUAUGGCAAUCGAGCUGAUAGACCCAUUUUGGCAAUUCACGGAUGGCUGGACAAUCUGGGAACCUUCGAUCGGCUGAUUCCCCUGCUUCCCGACUACAUAGGCGUGCUGUGCAUCGACCUACCCGGACAUGGUAGAUCUUCUAGGCUUCCGCCGGGUGUGCCCUACAACGUCUACGACUAUGUGUUCAUCAUACCGAGGGUGAUGAAGGAGUUCGGCUGGUCCAAGGUCUCCUUAAUGGGUCAUUCCCUCGGAGGUGUGAUGAGCUUCAUGUACGCGGCCAUGGCACCAAGCACAGUCGAUAUGAUUAUAUCAUUGGAUGUACUGCUGCCGCGGAGAAUCGAGGAUCCCAGCAAGUUGACCAAGGACAUAGAAGGUUAUUUGCUGGAGGAGAGGCGACAGGCGGAUGGCACCGAACAUGAGCCGCCAUCGUUCACCUUGAGUAAGCUGCGUGAGACGCUCGCCAGGAACAGCAACAACUCGGUGCCGCAACACCUGGCCGAUCACAUGCUCCACCGCCAGGUGGCCAAAUCAAACAUGUACCCGGAAAAGGUAUUCUUCUCCAGAGAUGGACGUGUAAAGUUCUAUCACAUAUUCGACAUUGAAAACGGACUUGCUCUUGAAAUGGCGAGGCGUAUUGAGAAGAAACCCUAUCUGGUAAUUAAGGGAUCCCUUUCACCAUUUGUGGGACCUCGAUGCAACGAAACAAUGUCCAUUCUGUCACAUGAUAAUCCCAACUUUGAGUUCUACGAAGUGGAGGGCGGCAAGCAUCAUGUCCACCUGCAUGCCGCCGAGGAGUGUGCCCGCUAUAUCGUUCCCUUCAUCCGAAAUCACAGACCUCCAAGAAGCAGCAAACUUUAAUGUGCUAUUUAAGUUUUAGGAAACACAUAUUUGGAAAUAGUAAAAUAAACUAGAAAUUGAGGAAAG